UAUAAAGCCCGUGUGAGAGCGCGCAGUGCUGUUAUCCCCGCCGCAGAACCCCCGGACCCGGAGCCGCGGCCGAACCCGAACACACAGCGGAACCGAGCCUGCAGCACCUCAGCUCAGAACCGACUCACCCAUCCGGACCCCGCGGUACCACCGGCUUCACCAACCCACCACCCGAGCUUCAGUCAUGGAGCUGCAUAAUAAAGAGCCUCUCUCUCAGGACGUCCUGCCCGUGGUCAUCAUCGGAAACGGACCCUCAGGAAUCUGUCUGUCGUACCUGUUGUCUGGACACACCCCCUACCUGUCACCUGACGGCUUCCACCCGAACCCCAUCCUGCACAGCAAGCUGGCGGAGAGCCCUCACCUGUCCCUGUUUGAACAGGAUCUGGAGUACCUGUGUGAAGGUGUGGAGGGGAGAUCCUCUAACCCGGUGGCGGUGCUGUUUGACUCUCUGCUGCUGCCGGACAGUGAUUUCGGGCUGGAUUACGCCUCUCCGCUCGUGUGGAGAUACGAACCGGAGCGAGCCACACCUCACCUGGUGCUCGGGAAAGGCCCACCUGGAGGGGCGUGGCAUGCGAUGGAGGGAUCUAUGUUGACUCUGAGUCUGGCGAAUUGGAUGGAGCUGCCGGGUCUGAAGCUGAAGGACUGGAUGAGGGAGAAGCGCAGGAACGUGCGUAACGACCGGGCGACCCCCGCAGAGAUCGCCUCCUACUACCAGCACUACGUUCGGGAGAUGGGUCUGGAGCGGAGCUUCGUCUGCGGGACCACGGUCACCUCGGUCCGGCGCGUCCCCCUGGCGUCCGGCCGCUCGCUGUGGGAGGUCCAGGGUCUGCAGAGACGAGCGGAGGAGGAGGUGGAGAUCCCUUUCUCGGUGUUCGCUGAAAACGUGGUGCUCGCCACCGGAACCCACGACAUCCCGGCGCGGCUGGGCGUGGACGGGGAGACGCUGCCGUUCGUGUGCCACAGCUUCUGGGAGUUGGAGGCGGCCAUCUCCUCCGGGCGGCUGGACUGCGCCUCCGAACCCGUCCUGGUGGUCGGAGCCGGACUGACGGCCGCUGACGCCAUCCUGACCGCCCACCACCUCAACACCCCCGUGUACCACACCUUCCGGCGCGCCGUGGCCGACCCGGCGCUCAUCUUCAACCAGCUACCCAAACUGCUGUACCCCGAGUACCACAAGGUGCACCAGAUGAUGAGUCAGCAGCAGCACCGGGCCGGGGAGUCGGCGGCGGACGUGGUGAGCCAGCGCUCGUCCUCUUCCGGAGACACCGGGACGAACUGUCCCUGCUCCUACCCCGGAUACCUCAGCUUCCCCCAGCACCACGUCGCCUCCUUCAAACCCGAGGGGAAGUGCGUGCUGGAGGACCAGAGCGGCCGGCAGACGGUGCUGAGGGUCUCCAUGGCUCUGGUUCUGAUUGGAUCCCACCCCAACCUCUCCUUCCUGCCCGAAGAGGGCCGUCCGCUGGGGCUGGAGCCAGAGGAACCAAUCAGCUGCCGGAGGAACCCUCUAGACGUGGACCCGUACACCUACGAGAGCGUGCAGGAGCCAGGGCUCUACGCCAUGGGGCCGCUGGUGGGGGAGAAUUUCGUGCGCUUCCUGAAGGGCGGGGCUCUGGCCAUCGUCUGCGAUCUCGUCCGAAAGCGAAGCGCGAGAGCCAAUGAGAGUGCAGUGGAGAGCUCCGUCAGCCAAUCACUGAGCUGUCAGCUGUCUAACUGCUCUCUCAGUGCGUAGAGAGCGGAGGAUACGGGUGGAGAGAGAGAGAGACAGUAAAGAAGAGUUCAGACUGUUCUUCACAUUCUGACCUUCAGUCUGAGAUAUUCUGAUGAUCAGAGGCAGAGACUCGCUCUCAGCAGAACCAGCGUCCAGCGGGGAGACGGACGGCACCGCCGCUGCCAGGGACAGAGAGGACAGAGGGGACAGAGAGAGAGAGAACAGAAAGAUAGAAACCGAGUAUCUCUGUGCUCUAAAGUUCAUGUCCAAUAAUCCUCAAGUAUUCAGACAGCUGAUCCAGUCCAGCUGCUCUACAGGAUUCUAUUGGACAUUUCUAUAGAAGAGAUCAGACCAACAGAACAGAACCGGACGCUGAAGAUAUGAAGAUAAACUGCAUGUUAUCAGGUUAAGGUCUGAUUUUUAUUUCUAUGCAGUCAAAAAAAAACAUGAAUAACUUUUUUGUAUUUUGUUUUUCUACAUUUCGUAUUAUUUUUUCAUUUAAAAGAAAGUAGCUUUUCAAAAACCUGGUUCAGCGAAUGGACCAAUAGAAACGCACAAACAAAACCUGUCCUGAAACUGAAAUUCUCUGCAGUAACUCACAUUUAAACUCUCACUCCAGCUGAGAUUCAUAUAAAACUCAUCAUCAUCCAUCUUCCUCCUGAUUAUAUUCCAGAGGUUUUCAGUUUGAUAAAAUCAAAGAAACUCAUCAGUUUUAAGUGCUCUCUUAUUUUUUUUGUCUAGAGCUGUAUAAAAGUUUCAUGUUUGAUCAGAAACGUUACUGAAAUUGUAAAAAUGCUGAAAACUACUGAAGUAAAAAUAUAAUGAAUAAGAAUAUUAAAAAAAACUUCAAUAUUUUAGUGAAAACAAGUCAAACAUUUAAAACCAUCAACCUUUCAAUUCUAUACGGUUUUCUAGUUUUAAUAUUUAUUUUCAUAUUUAAGAAUUAGAGUUGAUUCCUCAUUUAAACUGAUAGAGAGUAGAGAGAGAACAGCUCUGAAUUCAUUCAUUCAGAAUAAAUUAUUUUACUGCAGAAUAAAAGUGUUUUAUAUCACAUUAACCUGUAUCCUGUAUUGGGGUCAGGGUGUUUAAAGGGUUAAUGAGUGAUCGGCUGCAGAAUCUCAGGAUUAAACAGGUUUAAUCUCUUUAUAUCUGUUUAUUGAUGAUGCAGCACUAAAGUAAUAAUAAGAGAUCAAAUAACAGAACUCAGUUUACUGAUCUCAGACCUGCUUCUGCUGAUCUCAGAUAAACACACAGAUCUACAGUCAAAUAUUAAAUAAACUUUAAAAAUGUAGCACAUUAUUAUUUUACACAGUACUGUUCAAAAGUUUAGAAUAUAGAAUAUUAAUGAACUAUUAAUAUUUAAUACAUUUUCUAAAUGACGCUCCCCCAGUUAAACUCCAGGUAUAUCUGUGAGGAUUAAUCACAUGGUCUAGAGCAGAGCUCUUCACUGCUGCUCUGCACAUUUUAGAGGAUUACCUGCUUUAUACAGGCUGCAAGUAGUUGGUAUUUUGGGAGUCGACUAAACUGACUAGUAUUAUUCCCGUGAGUCAGUUAGAUUAAUGUACAAUUAAACGAUUAUUCAAUGAUUAGUUUACCAUUAGUGAACAAUAGUGAACAAUGAGACGAUAUAAUAAUACACUCUAUAAGACAAUUAGUCAACAAUUAGCUGACCAUAAAUCUGUGAUAGUCAGCAAUUACACGAUUAGUUGAUGAUUAGUUGAUGAUUAGUUGAUGAUUAGUUGAUUACGCUCCUGUUCUGCACACCUGUAAUCCUCACCCUGGUUUCUCUGCUUAACAAAACAUGAGACUCAUUGUUGAUUUAUAUGAAUUAAUCUUUGCAGCCUUACUGUUUUACCACAUCCUCUGAAACACAGCACUGAAGAACUAAUCUACACUUUAAUACAGAAUAUUUACUGUUUAUUUACUUUAUCAGUAAAAGUGACGAGUGGCAGAUUUUAAACAUGUAGUUUAUAAUAUUAAUUUCUGAAUGUUAUACUUUAACAGACGCAGCGUUUAUUAUUAUUAUUGAACAGGGUGCACUAUCUUUUGCACUUUGGUACUGUUGCUUUCCUGCACAAACCUUGUAUCUCCGUUUAUUUGCUGUUUUUUAUGGUGUAAUUCUGUAAUCCUGCAGGAGUUCUUCACGUUUAUUUACAUGUAGUUAAUAAUUUUGAUAAUUCUUUAAUCAAUAUGUAAAUCUGUUUACAUUUUACUGUGAAAGCUUGUUUUUGAUCAUUCUGGAUGUUUAAUAUUCGGAGAUAUUUGUUCCUAUUCUUUAUGAUUUUCAGUCUGUAAUUAUUCAGAUUAUUAUUUGAUCUGAAUAAAUAAACUCCUGCUGAUUAUCUGAAAGUAAGCUGAAGAUAAUGGAGCUAAAGUUUAAUUUUAUACAGGUAACUUUAGUGCACUGAUCUGAUAUUAGAGUGAAAUAUUGAUUCUGAGAGACGGUGAGCAGCGUGUUUUAAUCCAGGUUAUGUUGAUUAUUAUUCAUUUGCUGCUGAUUGAUCUGUACCGAAAUAGAGAUUUAUUUUAAGAAUCAUGUUGACCAAUCAAACUGCUCAUCUGUAAUUCAGAGAUCUGUAAGAUCUGUUUAUGAGCUCUGGAGAAAAUAUAUAAAAUAAAAAAUAUAGUUUUAGAAUACAGGCUGUACCUCCUCACCUCGACCACGAGAGGGCCUUACUCACCUUUAUAUUAAUGUGCUGUCUGCCAAGAAGCCUGAAUUAAAUCAGCUCUUAUUUACAGUGUUUAUUUAAUAAGGUCCAAAUCCCUGUUUACUAUCCGAAUAUCAGCGGCCUUAUUCAGGAAUUAGACAUAUCAGAAACAGAGAAUCCGUUCUGUAAUCACGCACACAUUAAUCUCACUUUUAUACAUUUGUUUUAUUAUGACUCACAAAAAGCAGCUUUCUAUCGUUAUUAUUUUAUAUAAAUAUUUUAUAUAGAGUUAGACAUUCCAGAUCAUAUAUUUUCUGAACUAUGACAGUAAAUAAUAUAUUUACAGUAAAUAAGAAAUGUAUCUCCAUGAUGUCACUCUUAUGCUCAUUACUGAGUUUAUGGUGUCAUUUUCCAGCUCUCUGUUCUGAAUGUGUAUGUUUUGUAAGGAGUCGAUGCACUGUUUCUUUAAAUGUUAAUGAUAAAGAUGAUCAAAUGCAAAAGAAAUGAAUAAAUAAAUCAUUUUUCACUGAA